UUUGAAGAACACCACAUUUCCGACCAGAAGGCCAGUGAAGCUGCAGAAACCAUGAGAACACUGCGUUUGCUCCUGACGUUGAGUUUCUUCCAGACGUCCGUCGACUGUCAUGCGUCGGUGAUGGUCAUCCCCAACAGGUCUCAGUUUUUAGAGUACGAAAAGAUCUUGGUGCGCUGCGAGGGUUCGAGCUCCUGGGAAUGGACGCCGUGGAGGAAUAGCACAGGCCUUAUGAAGUGUGGAGCUGGCUGGGGCAAAAAGAAUUCUUCUACAUGUGAAAUAGCCUCCGUGAAGCGGUCCGAAGGCGGGGUGUACUGGUGCCAGUCUAAAUAUGGAGACAGCAGCAACAGCGUCAAAAUCACCAUCGCCGGCGGAUCCGUGAGUCUGCACAGCCCUGCCAUCCCCGUGACGGAGGGAGACAACGUCACUCUGAUCUGUGAAACAAAUAUUGUUAACCCCCAAUCUGCUCAAUUCUACAAAGACGGCUUCCUCCUCGGUGAAGCUGCAGGUCACAUGACCCUCUACAAUUUUACCAAGUCUAACGAAGGCGCCUACAAGUGUAACAUCGGGAGGAACGAGUCCCCGGAGAGCUGGAUAACAAUGGAAGAUGGUUCGGACCGGGCCUCGCUCGUCGUCUCUCCGGCCUCCUCUCAGGUGUUUGAGUACAGGAAUCUGUCUUUGAGCUGCGGGGACAACAGCAGCGUUGAUGGGUGGAGGCUCUUCAGGUCGACCUCCACCACCGUCAGCACCAGCCCCACCGGCGCCAUCACCGUGAACCUCGGAGGAAAGAGGUCCGCCUGCGGAGACGACUGGGGGAAUGUUACGUCCUCCGGCUGCAACGUCUUCACGUCCAAGCUGGCCGACAGCGCCGUCUACUGGUGCGAGUCCCCGGUGGGGCAGCGGAGCAACACGCUCAACAUCAGCAUCAUCGAAACAGCGGUGAUCCUGGAGAGUCCGGUCCUCGCUGUGAUGGAGGGAGAUAACGUAACGCUGAGCUGUAAAACUAAGGACCACGAAGACCUUCGCGCUGAUUUCUACAAAGAUGGCUACUCCAUCGGGAUGGGGGCUGACGGUAACCUGACCCUCCACGAUGUUUCCAGCUACGAUGAAGGCGUCUACAAGUGCAGCAUCAGCGGCGAAGGAGAGUCUGCAAUCAGCUUCCUCUUCGUCAGAGGUGCCAGCGCUCCACGUUCAGACCGGGUCCGCUUAGUGCUGACGGUGUUACGCCACCUGGUGGUUUUCUCCCCGUACUGCGCCUCCACCUUGCUCAUGGUGUCCAUUUACAGACGCAGCCCCCCAGGAAGAAGGAGGCCUGUCGCCGUGACGACCUCUCCACCCAGCGAGGAGGCCGACGACAUCACCACCGAGCAUCGCUUCUAAACCCGGUGUUGAUUCGCACGAAGAUGUUUCCCAACUGGCCUUUUAUUCCCCAGUGUGCAGUAUCGCCUGAAACAAGGCCGAUUUUUCCACACUUUUGGACAGCCAGUAAAGACCCGGGACGCAGAUAUAAUGCGCUGAUAUAAUGCGCUGAUAUAAUGCGCUGAUAUAAUGCGCUGAUAUAAUGCGCUGAUAUAAUGCGCUGAUAUAAUGCGCAGAUAUAAUGCGCUGAUAUAAGUUAGAAGUUAGAAUCGGAGGAUGAAACCCUCUUUAUUAGUCACAUGCAUGCACACAGCAGAGCACACACAGUGAAAUUAGUCCUCUGCAUUUAACCCAUCCUAGUACUAGGAGCAGUGGGCAGCUAUCGUGCAGCGCCCGGGGAGCAAUGGGGAGGGGGGAUUGGAGGUGUCCGGUGCCUUGCUCAAGGGCACCACAGCAGGGCCUAGGAGGUGAACUGGGACCUAUAUGCGCUGAUAUAAUGCGCUGAUAUAAUGCGCAGAUAUAAUGCGCUGAUAUAAUGCGCUGAUAUAAUGCGCUGAUAUAAUGCGCUGAUAUAAUGCGCUGAUAUAAUGCGCUGAUAUAAUGCGCUGAUAAAUGUGUAGCAUCGUUCGUAAGGAAGGCACAUUUCUCCAAGCUUUAGCGCACAGAUUUAUGUGCUUCUGCUUUCUUCAGUUACUGUACUCAUUUCCCGCGGGUCGAGAAGAGUGUUGUGGUAUUGCUCAAAACACGGCAUGCUUUCACACCCACAAACACUCCGAACGGACUUAUUCAUUGGCAGGUGAAAACAUGUCAAACUGUUCUCCAUCCCAUCACAACUCUUAUCCAAACGUGAAUAUUGUUUUCGUUCAGAUCGAGUCGAUUAUUCCGAGCUUCUGGUCCACAUUACAGGCAUCUGAAAAUCACAGAGUGCAGAAUGCACUCACAGCAGGGAGCAAAAGCACCCAAACACAGACUGAAACGAGACGAGGGUCUUUCAAAGCAAACUGCUGUUUCUGUCACUCGGACUUUUACCCAGAACGUGAGUAUCCUUGUUCCUGAACGAGCUUCAUCCCCAUUAAAGGCAUCAUAACGAGGAGUUUAAAACUACGGAGACCCAAGAUGGAAACGUUGGUUACUCAGGAGGGGUUUUCUUGGAAGUAUUUCCCCCCAGGGGAUAAAACGAUCACAGAGGAAUGAGGAUUUCCAAAGAACACAGACUCGGUUCAAUGUGUAUUCUAGCUGUAGUUUUUCACGGAGGAAUGAAUAUUGUUCUUAAUAAAACUCUGUCGUUUGGUUUUCCUGCAUUACA